CAACCCUUUAACUUCCUCUCUCUCUCUCUCUCAAGCUUCUACACAAGACAGAUAUGGAUUUAGAAAGAGACUCUUAGCUUAUUGAGUGAGAGAGAGGGAGAGCAAAAUCUGGCAUUGUCCUCUGUUGGUUUAUGGUUAGGUGAUGGUGGUAGAGGUGGCAGCUGAGAGAUCCAACCAUUUGGCUCUAUCUGCCAUCUUCAAUUCCUUCUCUUCAAAACUUUUGCACCAAUUCAGUGACAUAUUCUUAUUCUUUGCCACAUAACAAACACAACCAAACUGCAUCCACUCAUUAGGGUUUCUAUUUUAUUCCUCAUCACACCUUGCUUUCUGUGCCUUCUUCACUUCUUGUGUUUUCUUUCUCCUCGGGAUCUGAAACGCUUUCCAUUCCCGACGGACUUAUUGUCUUUGCUACUAUCUUUUCAUCUCAUUCUCAAACUCAAACUCAAGCACUACUCACCAUUUCCGGAGCAAGAUUAUCGAUUUCUGAGUGAAAAAUUGCAUGGAGAAUAUGAAUAGUUUUUGUCAUGUUCCCCCGGGUUUUAGAUUCCACCCCACGGAUGAAGAACUUGUUGAUUACUACCUUAGGAAGAAGGUUAGUUCAAGGAAGAUUGAGCUUGAUGUAAUCAAAGAUGUUGACCUCUACAAAAUUGAGCCAUGGGACCUUCAAGAGAUAUGCAGGAUAGGAAGAGAAGAGGAGAAUGAAUGGUACUUCUUUAGCCACAAGGAUAAGAAGUAUCCAACAGGAACAAGAACAAAUAGGGCAACAGCAGCUGGGUUUUGGAAAGCAACGGGAAGAGACAAAGCUAUAUAUUCAAAGCAUGAUCUCAUAGGGAUGAGGAAGACAUUAGUCUUUUAUAAAGGUAGAGCUCCUAAUGGACAAAAAUCCGAUUGGAUCAUGCACGAAUAUCGCCUUGAAACUGAUGAAAAUGCCGCACCACAGGAAGAAGGAUGGGUGGUGUGUAGAGUAUUCAAGAAGAGAGUAACAACGAUGCGUAAAGUGAUGAUGAGAGAGCAUGAUGAGUCUCCUAAUUCUUCUUGUUGGUACGAUGAGCAAGAAUUGAUGAUGAUGGAAUCGCCAACAAAGCAACAAUCCUCUAUUCUUCUUCAUCAAUCCACCAAUAAUAACCAUUCCAAUUUGAUGCAGCUACCACCAUAUCCUCUCAUCAAGAAAGAGCUUCAUCACCCAUCAUCAUCAUACCCCUUCCUUCAGCUUCCACUCUUAGAGUCUCAUCAACAAUCUGCUGCUGCACCUUCCUCCAUUUCUGAACAACUCAUCAUGCCACCACCAAUUGGAGGAGGAGGAGGAGAACAAGUCCCUAGUUUUCAGUCAUUCUUCAAUAAUGAACAACAAGAAGUAGGAGUUCUUGAUUGGAGAGUUCUUGACAAGUUUGUUGCUUCACAACUUAGUCAAGAUGAUAAUCAUGCAUCCUCUAAUAGUAUUGUACAAGAUCUCACACAGGAAAUUGUUAUGGUGCCUCACAAUGAUGCUGCAUCAACAUCAAACUCCCUCACCUGCCCAAUUGAUUUGUGGAAAUAGCAUCAUGGAUUCCACCAUAUUAUAAAUUCCUCAUUUUGGGUACUUACUAAUUACAUUAUUUUACAUAUAUAUAUAUAUAUUAGAUACAAUUAAAUCUUCAACUGCAACUACUCUUUAAAUUCAUGUACAUAUAUAAACCUGCUAAUAUAUAAUGGGAUGGAGGGCAUGCAUGAAUUUAACUAUUAGCUUCAUUCUGAUGCCUCCACCUUUUUUAAUUAUUAGGACAGUUAAAUAGUUAGUAACAAGACAUAUUCACCUUACUUAGUUUUAAUUUGCGGGGUUUGAAUUAAGUUGUAUUGUUU